AACACCAAAACUGAUGACGUUUUACACAGUACGGAAGUGAGGAACGGAACAGUGUCGAGGAAGAAAAACUAGAAAAUCGAGCCGAAAGUUUAAACAAAUGGAUCUUAAGCGUGUCAGCAACGAGGACAAACUGUCUCUGUGCAGGAAGUACUAUGUUGGUGGGUUUGCCAUGUUGCCGUUCCUUUGGUUUGUAAAUUCAAUCUGGUUUUUCAAGGAAGCUUUCAUCCAUUCCAGUUAUGAUGAACAAAAACAGAUACGAACCUAUGUGAUCAGGUCAAUUAUUGGGACAGUGGUUUGGAUUGCGAUCCUUAUUACAUGGGUGGUGGUGUUCCAGACGAAUCGAGUGUCGUGGGGAGAGCUAGGAGACCGUCUCUCUUUUAUUUUACCUCGAGGCAUCGCUUGAAUUAUAAUGAAUCGCUGAUGUUGACUUCACAGAUUUGAUCAUUCACUGGUGGUGUUCGGCUGGUUAUCUAGAAUUACUUUCCUGACUGCUGGUUCAAUUCCCAUAGAUACAAAUGUGAUAGAUGAUCAGCUUAACCCUUUCACCCCUAUGUAACUUUAAUGGACUCUACCAUUCAUUGAUCUGGAGGAGUCCAUUUUGGUCUACAGUGUUGAAAGGGUUAAAUAAUUAAUAAUUAUGAUAAAUAUGUUACCAGUGAAUUUCUCACAUUACUCUGCGAAGAACAUCUAGUCACUGUAUGCAAUCCGGAGAAAAAGUUCAAUGGUUCACAAUAAAAACUGAAGGAACAUGUCAGAAAAAGAGAAAUUUCAAUAUCUCGGGUCAAUUGUCCAAAGCGUUGUUCCAAUUCUACAAUUCUGAAAAUGUAUUAUUGUCUCUUCAUUUAAAAUAUUUUCAAUAGCUUUAUCUUCAGAUGAUAAUUGAAAAAAAUGGGUACAAAUUGCAAUAUUUAUAUAAAUAAAUUCGAGCAGUUAUGAAAAAUACCCGGUAGUCACAUUGAAAAUUGUAUUCAGUGUGCAAUUAAAAUUACAUUGCUUUGAGCAAACUGGUCCCGAGUCUUUAUAGAAUAAAAAGGUGUGAAAGUCUUAUGUCUCACAUGUUUUCUUUCUUUUCUUAUCCAGCUUUUUCAUCUCUUAGUAAUUGAUAUUUAAUGUAGAAAUUGAACCAGCAUAUAAUUUCAGAAACAUGAUAACAUUUUUUAUGAGCAUGUUUUCUAAACAAAAGCUCCAAUAUGUGUGAAGAUACAUGUAGACAGUGUAUGUGAGGAGAAGACCUGGGUAUUCGUGAGAAAGACCUUAUUAAAUUUCAGAACGAUUAAAGUAAUUGAUUUCCCGUAUAAAAUAUUAAAAAUGUAAAACUUGGUUUUCAGGAUAAAAAUGAUCGAAAAAUGAACUGUCCAGGAUGAAAAAGAGUGGAAAUAGUAAAAAUUGGUUUCCAAGAUAGAAAUUUUGGAUAAAUUAAGUUUCCAGUAUCAAAUGAGUAUAUAGAACAUAUAAAUUGAGAAAGUAUUCUGUACCCUGUAAUGAUGAAAAGAAAUAGAAGUGCUAUUGUACACAGGAGGAAGGGGAGACAGUACAUGUAUUGUAAUAUGUAAUGAUGAGAUUGAGUAGACGUGAGAUUUUCUCUGUAUUUUGUAAUUAUGAGAAUGAGAAGUAAGGUUUUAAUGAUGAGAGUGUAAAGAUAGGCUUGUACAAUAUACUCUGUUAUGAUGGGAGAAAAUAGGUGCGAGGUUGUACCUUAUACAGUGUAAUGUUGAGAUUUGAGUGGACGUGAGAUUUUUUCUCUAUUUUGUAAUUAUGAGAAUGAGAAGUAAGAUUUUAAUGAUGAGAGAGUGUUAAGAUAAGUUUGUGCGCUAUACUUUGUAAUGAUGAGAAAAAAAAGGUGUAAUGAUGAGAAGGAGUAGAAGUGCGAUUCUAAGGACGAGAGAGAGUGGAUCUAGUGCUGUUAUAUACACUUUGUUUUGUUAUAUAAUGAUUUUUGUUUGUGAAUAUGUUGAAUGUGUAAAUGAAACUUGUUAUGAGUGAGGAACAAAAGACAUCUUAUUUAUUAACCAUUAUGUCAACUUGAUGUAUUUUUAAUAAACGAUCAGACAUG